AUGGGUCUGAUUGCAGGAGCAAACCAGAUAUCAGGAACCAUCCCUGAAGGAAUAAAGAAUUUAAUUGGCCUGACAUGGUUGGUAAUCUCCAUGAACUCAAUCACAGGAGAAAUUCCAGUGGGUAUUGGAAAACUCGAAAGAUUGGAGGAUCUUCGCCAGUUUGAUAAUAGAAUUUCAGGGGAAAUUCCAGCCGAUCUUGGAAACACAACACAGUUGGGUCAAUUCAAUGGAUUGACUGUGGCUGUGAAGGUGCUCAACCUUACAGAGAAAGGAGCUACCAAGAGUUUUGUGGAAGAAUGCAAUGCUUUGAGAGGUAUCCGACAUCAGAACCUCAUCAAGAUAAUCACUACUUGCUCGAGCAUCGAUUCCAAAGGCGAUGAUUUCAAGGCGAUAGUUUUCGAGUUCAUGCCCAAUGGAAGCCUCGAGGAGUGGCUACACCAAAGUGAAGAUGAGCAAGACCACCAAAGAAGUUUAAGUCUUACUCAGAGACUAAGAACAGCGAUGGAGGUAGCAUCUGCACUACAGUAUCUUCACCAUCACUGCCAAGAAGCACUUAUUCAUGGUAAUCUGAAGCCGAGUAAUAUUCUGAUGGAUCAUGACAUGAUUGCACGCAUGGGUGAUUUUGGAGUAGCACAUCUAUUAUCUGAUCAUAGCCUACCCAUCAAAGCCUACCCACUAGUUCUCAAAAUAAAAUCAGUUCAAUUGGGAUAA